AUGGUGGAAGCGGGGAGGCAGAAUUGGGGUUUUUCUAAACUCCUUCAGGUGAUUCUUACGUGCAGCUGCCAAGUGGAAAGCACACUAUAUUCUGUAAACCCCGAGCAGUCUGAUGGCUGCCCGGGCCUGGUUCCCGCGAGACCCCGCGUUUUCUACCCCCGCGCCGGCGCAGAAAGGUGCGGUCCGGUCCCACCCGGCCCGACCCGGAAGCAGCCGCGGCCGCCUAGUGCCGAGCUCGCCUCUCGCCCUGUGGGCUCCGGGCGCCCCGACUUUUGGGGCCCGCCGCGUCCUCCUUCCUUGGUCCCCUCUGGCCCAUGGGUCUCCAUGGAGACGGCGGGGGCCCGGCUGGGGGGGCGGGCAGCCCGAGCGGGGGCGCGGCGCGCUGGGGGCCUCCGCGGCGGCGUCGCCGUGUUCGCCGCUGUGGCCGCCGUGUUCACCCUCACGCUGCCCCCCUCGGUGCCGGGGGGCGACUCGGGGGAACUGAUCACAGCCGCACAUGAGCUUGGAGUUGCCCAUCCUCCUGGCUAUCCUUUGUUUACGCUGGUGGCUAAACUGGCAAUUCUACUAUUUCCUUUUGGUUCAGUUGCCUACCGAGUCAAUCUACUCUGUGGCCUAUUUGGAGCAGUAGCUGCAGCUUUACUUUUUUUCACCGUUUUCAGGCUUUCUGGCUCAUAUGCUGGAGGAAUCCUUGCUGCGGGGGUGUUUUCAUUUUCUCGUCUAACAUGGCAGUGGUCCAUUGCAGCAGAGGUUUUUAGCUUAAACAAUCUGUUUGUGGGCCUGCUUAUGGCUCUUACUGUACAUUUUGAGGAGGCAGCAACUGCACAAGAAAGAUCAAAGAUAGCUAAAAUUGGUGCUUUCUGCUGUGGCCUUAGCUUAUGUAAUCAGCACACCAUAGUACUCUAUGUUUUGUGCAUAAUACCAUGGAUUCUCUUUCGACUUUUAAAAGAGAAGGAACUCUCCCCAGGCUCCCUGUUGAAGUUGAGUCUGUGCUUCUCUGCUGGUCUGCUGCCCUAUAUCUAUCUGCCUGUCUCAUCCUACCUCAAUCAAGCUCGUUGGACCUGGGGAGACCAGACAACAUUGCUAGGAUUUUUGACACAUUUUCUCAGGGAAGAAUAUGGAACAUUCAGUCUGGCCAAAUCUGAAAUAGGAUCCAGUAUGUCUGAAAUAUUGCUUUCUCAAGUGACAAAUAUGAGGACCCAACUCUCAUUCAACAUUCAGGCCCUUGCAGUUUGGGCAAAUAUAUGUUUAACAAGAAAGGACAGACAGAGCCCAUCAUUAGUAUGGCUUUUUACUGGAAUGUUUUGCGUUUAUUCAUUGUUCUUUGCCUGGAGGGCAAAUUUAGAUAUUUCAAAACCGCUUUUCAUGGGUGUGGUGGAACGAUUCUGGAUGCAGAGCAAUGCAGUGGUGGCUGUCCUUGCUGGCAUCGGUUUGGCUGCCCUUGUAUCUGAGAGUAACCGAAUGCUCAACACCAACGGGCUUCAGUAUCUGGAAUGGCUUUCAGCAAUUCUUUUUGUAACUUGCCAAAUAUAUUCUAACUAUAGCAUUUGUGACCAAAGGACCAACUAUGUGAUUGAUAAAUUUGCAAAGAACCUUCUAUCCUCUAUGCCUCGGGAUGCAAUUAUCUUACUCAGAGGGGAUCUGCCAGGGAAUUCUCUCCGUUACAUGCAUUAUUGUGAGGGACUGAGGCCAGAUAUUUCAUUAGUGGAUCAGGAAAUGAUGACUUACGAGUGGUAUUUACCCAAGAUGGCAAAGCAUUUACCAGGCGUCAGGUUUCCUGGGAACCGUUGGAAUCCUGUGGAAGGAAUAUUACCUAGUGGAAUGGUCACAUUUAAUCUUUAUCAUUUUCUUGAAGUAAAUAAACAAAAAGAAACAUUUGUUUGCAUAGGAAUUCACGAAGGCGACCCAACCUGGAAAACAAACUAUUCACUUUGGCCAUGGGGUUCUUGUGACAAAUUAGUUUCUUCAGAGAUUGUAUUCAACCCUGAGGAGUGGAUUAAACUUACGAGAAAUAUCUAUAACUGGACUGAAGACUAUGGAAGGUUUGAUCCUUCUUCCUGGGAAUCUGUGGCCAAUGAGGAGAUGUGGCAAGCAAGGAUGAAAACACCGUUCUUCAUCUUUAACCUGGCAGAAAGUGCAAGUUUGCCUUCAAACGUGAAAGCUCAACUCUACACUCACGCCUAUAACCUUUAUAAGGAGAUUGUCUAUUUACGAAAGGAACACCCAGUGAAUUGGCACAAGAACUACGCCAUCUCCUGUGAACGGAUGCUGCGCCUUCAGGAAAGAAGUGCAGACCCUGAAGUCUUGUUGUCUGAAACCAUCAGACACUUCCGUCUCUACACUCGAAAGGCCCAGAACGAUCCCCAGCUGGCCGAUAUUUCAGUUGCUCUAAAGCACCUAAGAAAGGAACUACGAAGUCUGAGAAAUAUGAAAAAUGGCUGA